AGCUGCCUGGGCCCCAAAGGCAAAGCUGUAGCUGCAAGAUUAGCUGACCUAACGGUUUUUGCUCAGGGUUCAGCCUUGAUGAUAAAAACUGGAUCCAACCGCCUGGCACACCCAACGCAUUCCAGGAAAGCACGUCUCAAGAAAGCAUAGUCAGAGAAACCUAAAAGGGUCGGGUUGUCUCCCCCACCAGCUAGACGCGGCUGUGCCCGGGCAGUCAACGUUUGUGUGGCAGGACGGCGGCUCUCCCAGGCCAGGGCUGACAGCCUGCACGCUCACUCCCGUGUUACCCCUCCCUGGAAACGCUGUUCCUGGAGACCAGACACUGCCAACAGGAGCCGUACAUGAGUAUACAGAGAGCGAGAGCCCAGGCCCCCGGGCAGUGAGAUCCCUCCUUGGGAGACGUGGCUGCUGUGCUGGGGCCCGUGGCAGCUGUGGGCCUUCCCUUCAUGACGGGAGGUGGAGGAGCAGGACCCAGGAGGUGUGCAGGGGGGGCUGAGGGUGCAGAAGUCCCCCGUGUCGUCCAGACCAGAGCUGGUCCAGCACCGACAGCUGUGGGGGCAGGACGCGAUGCAGGCCAUGCAGCCCCCUUGCGAGGCCGAGCUGCCCUCCACGACCCCACAGUUGGCACCGCGGGAUGAGCUCCCCACCCCAGAGCCCUGGCGCCAGCUCUUCCGUGGCCUGCGCUACCGGGAAGCCGAGGGCCCAGGGAAGAUUUGCAGCUGCCUGUGGGAGCUGUGCCGGCGCUGGCUGGAGCCCCAGUGCCGCAGCAAGGAGCAGAUGCUGGAGCUGGUGGUGCUGGAGCAGUUCCUGGCCAUCCUGCCCCCGGAGAUGCAGAGCUGGGUGUGCGGGUGCCGCGUGGAGACGUGUGCCCAGGCCGUGGCCCUGGCCGAGGGGUUUCAGCUGGGGCAGGCGGAGGACGAGAAGCUCCAGGUCACCGUGCGUGUGAAGGUUGAGGAGGGGUCCUCAGUCCAGAUGCAGCCCCCAGGGGCCCUGCUGGACCCUGGUGAUUCCUGGGGGCAGCAGCUGAAGGCCCGUGGUGAGGACAGGCCUCUGGAGGAGGCAGGAGAGCGGGAAACCCCAGGGCCCGAGGUCGAGCUGUCUCAUGUCGCCAAAGAGGAGCCCCCGAACAGCUCGGAGCCAGGUGCCAAUGCCCUGAACAGAGCGGAUCAGCAGCCUCCCGAGGAAGGGCUUGUAAAGCUGGAGCUGCAGAGACCCUCCCCAGGAACACGGGGACAGAACGGCUCCCUGAUGUCUGGGCCCGGCCAGCUGCAGGAGGGACAGGGCAGGCCGGCGAAGCAGGGGCAGAGCAUGGAGCUCCGGGAGGUGUUUGAGGAUGUGGCAGUGUAUUUCAUACGGGAGGAGUGGGAGCUGCUGGAAGAGGAAGACAAGGGGCUUUACCGGGACCAGAUGCUGAGGAACUACCAAGCCCUCGUUUCCCUGGGGUAUCGAGGCCCUGCCCCUGACUUGAUCUGCCGCAUCCAGCGAGGACAGGUGGAGCUCUGGUUCUGUGAUGAUGAGGACCGUGGGGAAAUGCGGAAGUCAGAGGACGUGCUGCCAGGACAUGCCUGGUUGCUGAGCAGAACUGAGGAGCAGGCUUCUGAGGAAGGGCCUGGAAAGCUGGAGCCAGCAUGGGCUUCCCUGGGGAGUAUGGGUGACGUGGAUUCCCUGAGGCCAGUGAAGGACCAAUGGCACAAGGGUCAUAGGAUGCCCCCAAAGCAGGAGAAUGUAGCAGUGACCGCAGUCCCAUCUCUAGUUGGGCAUUGGAGUGAAGAAGGGAAACAAGCCCGAAACAGCCCAAGAUCCAGGGAUGAAUAUGUCAUGCUGAGACACCUGAAGAGGCAGAAAGUAAAGGUGCACUGGAGAGAGACACUGCAUGAUAGGCAAGGCAGUGUGGGGGGCCUCAGAGGGAAGCAGGAGCUCACUGCCAAGCCCAGGGGGAGAGCCCACUCCUGCCCUGAGUGCAGGAAAAGUUUUAGCUGCCCCUCGCGCCUGGCUCUGCACAAGAUAAGGCACGCUGGGGAGAAGCCCCAUGUAUGCUUCACGUGUGGGAAGAGCUUCACCUGCCUCUCGACCCUGGCUGCUCACCACCAGAUCCAUUCUGAACAGCUCCCCCACUGCUUCACCAAAAGGGGGAAGAGCUUUGUGCACAGCUUGGAGCUGCUCAAAACCCAGGAUGUGCACAGGAAGAAGCGUCAGUACCGCUGUGUCACAUGUGGUAAGACCUUCACCCAUUUCUUCUCCCUGGUUCAGCACCGGCGCGUGCACUUGGAGAGGAAGACACACCAAUGCAAAGAGUGCAGGAAGAACUUCAUCAGCUGGCAAGCCCUGUCCCAACACCGGUGUGUGCGGAGGAGGCAGCAGCCACACUACUGCACAAACUGUGGGAAGAGCUUCAGGCAGCCCUCCAGCCUGGCCAGGCACAGGUGCAUGCACACACGGGAGAAGUCACAUCAUUGCUCUGUGUGUGGGAAGAACUUCAUCUCCUCUUCCAAGCUGGCCCAACACCAGGUUGUCCACACAGGAGAGAAGCCACAUCAUUGUUCUGUGUGUGGGAAGAGCUUCACCCGGUCCUCCUCCCUGACCCGGCAUCAGCGUAUCCACACAGGGGAGAAGCCAUAUCAGUGCUCUGAGUGUGGGAAGAGCUUCACCCAAUCCUCCUACCUGGCCCUGCACCUGCAUGUCCACACAGGGGAGAAACCACAUCAGUGCUCUGAGUGUGGGAAGACUUUCAGCAUCGUCUCCAGCCUGACACGGCACAAGCGCAUGCACAAAGGGGAGAAGCCAUAUCAGUGCUCUGAGUGUGGGAAGAGCUUCUCUCAAUCUUCCUCCCUGGCCAAGCACCAGCGCAUUCACACAGGGGAGAAGACACAUCAAUGCUGUGAGUGUGGGAAGAGCUUCACUCGAUCCUCCCACCUGGCGCAGCACCAGUGCAUCCAUACAGGGGAGAAGCCACAUCAAUGUUCUGAGUGUGGGAAGAGUUUCAGCUUUCUCUCCAGCCUGGCCCGGCACCAGCGUGUCCACACAGGGGAGAAGCCAUAUCAGUGCUCUGAGUGUGGGAGGAGCUUCACUUGCUCCUCCAACCUGGCCCAGCACCAGCGCAUCCACACAAGGGAGAAGCCAUAUCUCUGCUCCGUGUGUGGGAAGUGCUUCACCCAAUCCUCACACCUCUCCCGGCACCAGCUCAUCCACACAAAGGAGAAGCCGUAUCAAUGCUCUGAGUGUGGGAAGAGUUUCAGCAUCGUCUCCAGCCUGGCCCGGCACCAGCGCAUGCACAAAGGGGAGAAGCUACAUCGGUGCUCUGAGUAUUGGAAAAGCUUCACCCAUCUCUCCCACCUGUCCAAGUAUCAGCACAUCCACACCCAGAAGCAUCCCUAAUUCUGCCAGCAGUGCAGGAAGGGCUUGGAGAUGUCUGCCUGCUCAGCACCCACCAGUGGUGCAUUCACACAAGCACCCUCAUGCUGGUGGCCUGCAGAAAGAGUUCCCCCAGGCUUUGUCCCUUGUAGGGUACAGUGGGAGUCCAGAGCCCAGACGCUGGCCCCCAAGGUAUGGUUGUGGCGGGGGGUUGGGCUAAGAGGAAACACCUCAGGCUGAAGUCAACCCCGAUGUGGGGGGAGGAGACGAGGAGGAGAUGAUCUUUGCAUCAGCCUUGGAGCCUGUGCAUUCCCCAUCAUUCUCUAACAGUAUUCCCAGGGGAAGACGUGCCUUCACGCCAGGGUGCCUUUUCCUAGAUGGCUGACUUCAGAUGACACCUGGGGACUUUCUGUGGCUUCCUCCCAGCUUUCUCCUUCCUCCUUGUCGAGGGGUUCUGGUAGAUGAGCCCCUGAGUUGCAGGGAGGAAUGCAUUUAUGGCUGUUGAAGCGUAAGGGGGGGCGUGCUGCCCCCCUGACCUCCUCCCCUUUGUUGUAUUUUCUCUCAUGCAUUCCCUGCUACUAAACCCCCAGAACUGGACAUGG